CGUCCUAGCAGCAUAGUAAGGGUCACUACCCCCACUCAAUACAGAGAGAGAGAGAGAGAGACCGGCACAUUAAACAAACACCUAGGGCUGACAGAACAGCGAAGACCGUAAUUAAACCGCGCGUCUUUGCUCCCCGACUACAAAACCCUCCCUCACCCCCAAACUGUGCUGAGGACACUUGGUUUAACGUCGUCUAAAUAGGMUUGACAGUGCGAGGAGGGUCGCUUGUCUCCCAGGGGAUUCUGCGAAGCAGCGUCCUUAGCCGGGUUGGACCCACUAGGCUACUAACUAGCCAGAUCUGAGGGACUCCAGACAGAACAGAGUCCACAAACUUCUGACUACCUGAAACCAGAACCAGGAAGUAAACAACACAGAAAACAACAACAUCAUGAAGACCUCCAUCGUCUUCCUCCUCCUCUCGCUCCUCGCCUCACUCUCUUGUUCCCAGAGCGACUCUCCGGAACUCAUCGUGACAACGCGGGCAGGAAGCUUACGRGGCAUCCGCCUACCGACGCCCGACAGGAGUCACGUGACUGCUUUCCUCGGCAUCCCAUUCGCCGAGCCCCCGCUGGGCAAGAAGCGCUUCCGUAAGGCGGAGCCCAAGAAGCCGUGGUCGGGAGUGUUCGACGCUAGCUCCUACCCCAACGCCUGCUAUCAGUUCAUUGACACCUCUUUCCCCGGGUUCCAAGGAUCUGAGAUGUGGAACCCGAACAGGGAGAUGAGUGAGGACUGCCUAUACCUCAAUGUCUGGGUCCCAACCUCCCCCAGACCUCACAACCUCACCGUAAUGGUGUGGAUCUACGGUGGAGGCUUCUACAGUGGCUCCUCGUCCCUGGAUGUGUAUGAUGGACGUUACCUGGCCCACUCUGAGAAGGUGGUGGUGGUGUCCAUGAACUACCGUGUCGGGGCCUUUGGUUUCCUGGCUCUUCCUGGCUCUUCGGAGGCCCCUGGGAAUGUGGGGCUCCUAGACCAACGCAUGGCCCUCCAGUGGGUCCAGGAUAACAUACAUAUGUUUGGGGGCAACCGCAAGCAG